GAUUGCCAUGUGGCGUUCACAGUCUGCUGGGAUUCCACGGAGAGUGGAGACGUCUUCAGGGUCUCUCUUGUUCCGACUUAUUUGUCCUGUUCACACUCGCCGGCAUGGCGUGGACCAAAUACCAACUGUUCCUCGCGGGACUGAUGCUGAUAACUGGCUCCAUUAACACGCUGUCGGCCAAAUGGGCAGACACGUUCAGGGCACCGGGUUGCCAUGGUAACCCUGAACAUGCAUUCUCACACCCGUUUGUCCAGGCAGUGGGGAUGUUUCUGGGAGAGUUCAGCUGCCUGGCUGUCUUCUACAUCCUCCUUUGCCAUGACCGACGCAGGCCUGAGCCCAGCAUGAACCCGGGCCAGAGUUUCAACCCCCUUCUCUUCUUACCCCCCGCCAUGUGUGACAUGCUAGCCACUUCAACCAUGUAUGUCGCUCUCAACAUGACCAGCGCCUCCAGCUUCCAGAUGCUGCGAGGAGCCGUCAUCAUCUUCACGGGUCUACUUUCGGUGGCGUUUCUCGGGCGCCGGCUGCUGCUCAGUCAGUGGAUCGGAAUCCUCGUCACCAUCCUAGGCCUGGUGAUCGUGGGCCUCGCCGACUUUGUCAGCGGGCACCCUGACGACGCCCACAAACUCAGUGAUGUCAUCACCGGCGACCUUUUGAUCAUCACGGCUCAGGUCAUCGUCGCCGUGCAGAUGGUCCUGGAAGAAAAAUUUGUCUACAAACACGACGUCCAUCCUCUGCGAGCCGUCGGAACCGAAGGUUUCUUUGGCUUCUUUGUUCUGUCCCUGCUGCUCAUCCCCAUGUACUUCAUCCACGUGGGCCAAUUCAGCGACAACCCCCGACAGGUUCUGGAGGACGCGCUGGACGCCUUCUGUCAAAUCGGAUUUCGCCCUCUCAUCAUGUUGGCCCUGCUGGGCAACACGGUCAGCAUCGCUUUCUUCAACUUUGCCGGCAUCAGCGUCACUAAGGAGAUCAGUGCCACGACCCGCAUGGUGCUGGACAGCCUGCGCACGCUGGUCAUCUGGGCGGUGAGUCUGGCGCUCGGCUGGGAGCAGUUCCACGGUCUUCAGGUACUGGGCUUUUUGAUUCUCCUGGUGGGAACGGCACUUUACAACGGACUGCAUCGCCCCGUGCUGGCCCGAAUUCCGUGCUGCGCAAGACUGGCGGCCAUGGAGGAGGAGAGCAGUGCGGGAGAUGGGAGACGUCUCAUUGGAGACGGAGGGGCGCAGACGCCCGACCAAAGCUAAACGAGGCAGCACAUGGUACACUUUGCACAAACGCGGCAUCCUCAAGUCAAGACACUGUACCUUUUUAUGCAUUCGUUAUCGAGAGAUGGACUUUUAGCACGGUACUCUGAUUUUUUUUUCUCGUGUUUUACAAAAAAAAAGACAACCAUUUUAUGGAUCAUUAAGGAGUUUUAUGGAUUUUACUUAAGGGUCACUGCCUGACUGUUAAUUUUUUGUCAAAAUUGUUUUUUUUUUUUUAAAGUGAAUUUUAUUUUAUUUUUAUUGAUAAUAAUAACUGGGUAGUUGGGUGCCUUAAUGUUGCUACACCCCUGCGCAAAAACAGAGGGAUCACAUCCGGAAGACACUAGAGUUUAAUGUUGUACGUCACCACUACAUCAGUUGUGUUCAAUAGUAUUGAAAGCUCAUCUGAGCUCGGUGAGCCCUUAAUACUUGUCACAUGAUGACGGACCUCCGACAUCUGUACAAGUCCUGCGUCCGCUCCAUUUCACUUUGCUCCAAAUGGAAAAAAAAAAAGGGAACUGCCAUCAAAUCACGCGAUCAUAUCCUGGCAAAGAAUGUGAUGCAUUUCAAAGUAAUCACUUUCUCCACUACGGGGAAAAAAAAGUGGCCAAUUUGUGCAAGUCCGAGCAGCAACAGCUGACACCUGCCUGGCCUGCACAUCCUGACUCGGCCCAAAGUCCUCCCUGAGGAUCCUUGUAAUGCUUUAAUGGUGGCCAAAGGUUAAACCAAGAGAAUCCUCUGGGAUUUCUACACAUGACCCUCUAACAACUUGAAAGAAAAUGUCUUCAUUAGCGCAAAAGACAAUGAUUUUAUGUGCAAUAUAUAAUAUACACUCUAAAUUCUAGCAGUACAGACUCAGGAUAUCAGGCAAGAAGGAAAGAUAUUGAAAAAUAAAUUGACAGUGGCAUCAGUCAGAGUGAGCAAGUGGGGUUUGGACCUUCUCUGUACUUGUCUAACAGUCAUUGUGAAUUAGUAACUAUUUAAGCGGGGGAGAAAAGAUGGGUUGGGGGUUUAUAAUAUCAAAAAUGAAAUGUACCUCCCCGCAUUACCGUUUACUGCCGCGAGAUGGCAGUACAACGUUACCGGCUUGAAGAACUGGUGCUGUGUGAACCUUGUUUGGUUGGUGGGUGAAAACAUUAGGCCGUUCAUAUUUCUCCAGGCCAUAAAACGGAAUGACUCCACAGCUUGAGGGAAACAUGAAAUUUACAAUAAUUCAAAGUUAUUACACAUGGAGCAAGCCCGUGUCGUUUUAUGUCAAUGUUGGCACGAGUUUUAAAUUAGGUACCGGUAAAUAGGUGGUAUCAACGCGAGUAAAUACUGACAAUUGGUGCAAAACAUGUGAAACAAAUUGAUGAGGGGAUUUACUUUAUGAGCCUUUUGGAUCCCAAUAUGUCGGAUUAAAAUACUUGGAAAAAAAAUAAACCCGAGCGGCUCUGGGGACUUUGUCCAAACAGAUUUCCAGUAGCUGUUUUCUGGACAAAUGAGACUUGUGCUCCCCCGAGACGGCCUCAGCGCAAAAUAAGUCUGUGAACAAUUUCAGCAGAUGAGAGAUAACAUGAUGGAUAUGAGGAGAAAUUGUGCAGAUGUUUUCGUAUUCAACACCGGUACUCCAUUCACAGUUACCGCUUAUUAAGAUUGUGUUCCCGGUUAUGAGUCAUUUCGUAUUAAAAACAAAAUUCUAUAGUUGUA